UAUUAGGAAAUUGGAGGCCAUUGUGUAAUUUGCGUUUAGGUUUUUAUAACGUUACGCACUCACCACUCCCUACUUGCUUUCAUCGGCCGCCAUCACCCACCCACCUUCUCUUCUCUUCUCUUCAGCUCCUCCCUCACUCCCACUCUCCGGUACCCCUCUCUCUCUUCGUAUUCCAAAUAUGCAUGUAUGUUGUGGUAAUGGUCUGUACUGUUGAUAUUCCAACAUCAAUUCCUCCUUGAUAUUAUAAGGAAGCAUUCGUAAAUCGAUGUUGUAAGAACAGAGCUCAGCCGGUGGCUAUGGCUCCUGCCCAACCAGACAUGGAGGCUGACCAGCUCCAAGACUGCAAACCAUUUGUCAACCCAAAAGUUGAACUUGUUGAUGAUGAUACAGAUAUCAGAAGGGCUUCCUUGCCAAACUCUGCUUUGGCAUCGGAGGGAAAACACAUGGCUCCAGUCGUCGACAUUGAUAUAAUUCAGUGCACAAGUAAUCAGGACAGUACUCAGCCUGAUCCCGAUGCAACGGAUGAAUAUUCAACCUCAUUUGCCGCCACUACGUCCGACACUGACAAUUUUUCUGGAUUUUGUGAAGAAGGUGAAGUGCAGUCACACUCGUUUGAGGACAAUGCUUUGACAUCUGCUUUUGAUGCAUUUGCGAGUACAUUUCAAACCAGGAAGAAGAAGUUGACAAAUCACUGGAGGAGCUUUAUACGUCCUGUAAUGUGGCGCUGCAAAUGGAUGGAAUUGAGAAUCAAAGAAAUUGAAGCACAAGCACUAAAGUAUUCCAGAGACCUUCGAGUAGCAUAUGAUAAAAAAAGACAUACAGGAUUCAACCAACGUACUUUGGAAGAAUUUGGUUCAAAAUCAUUGCCAUUUUGUAGUCAAUUCCGCAGAAAGAAAGCUAUGAAGAGGAGGAAACGCAAGAGAGUUGAAGACACAACUGAUAUAGCAUCAUACAUCUCAAAUCAUAAUGUCUUUUCCUAUCUUGAAAAUAAAAGAUCCGAUCCUGACGGCACGUCCGUUGCUGAUGACUUUAAUAAUGCAGUAAUCACAGAGCAGAGUGCUGAUUACAAUGAUAAACUCAGUACUGGUGAUAACUGGGCAUUCUUUGAGUACCAAGAUGGUGACAAGUCUUUGGAGCAUGUCCUUUGGAAAAUUGAGACAGUGCACUCUCGGGUUCACAAGUUAAAGUAUCAAAUGGAUGUGGUGAUGUCCAAAAAUGCUGCUAGGUUUUCUUCCAGUGAAAAUUUGAGCGUUCUUGUACCCUGUGAUGCACAGACCAGCUCUGCACAUAGUCCAGCAUUGUCUCCUGGCAAUGGAGAAACAAACUCUGCGGGAGCUAUAUAUACUUCAGCUCAACAUGUAUCAGGCUACAAUGUUGGGGAUCUCGCAAUGCCUGAAAGUGUAGUCUCAAGUUUUGUGGAGGGAAUCACUGUUCCUGAUAUAAUUGAAAGCACUGUGGGACUACCGUCUGCUGUUGACGUUACCUUCCAUCAGCCACAGUUCGGAGACUCAAGCGAAGAUAUUGUGGAUAAUGUCCUGAUACAUAAUGAGGCAGCUGAAGCAGAGAAGCGCGCUUUCCAAAUGAUCAACGACCAACCUAAAGAGGAACAUCAGCAACCAGAGAAAGACUUACAAGAAGCCGUUUUUCCAACUCCACAAUCAGAACCUGCUCCCUCGGCAGAAGUUGCUGUUCCUCAGGAACAAUCAACUCUAGAGUCAUGCUUGGCUUCCGAUGUAAAUUUUCCUAGAAACAAGAGAAAGCGAGGGGAGCGGAAAGCAGGUUCAGUUGUUUGGAGCUAGAAAUGCUCAGGCGAGCCCGAUAGCCAAUGAGUUUCAUUUCCUUAAAUUAUGCUGGUUCAUGGAACUUCAGAGACAUUUCCUCUUCUUUUUCACAUAAGUGGAUACACGAGCUUGUUACAGUUAUUGUGAACUAGCACUUGCUGUAUAUAGAGAAGUGGUUUCGGUUCCUAAGUUAUGCCGUGGUUUCGGUUCCUAAGUUAUGUCGCGGUUUGCGGCAAGAGCCAGUCUAGUGUACUUUGACAACUGAUAUGUGGAAUAGUUGGUCUAAUUACGUGUUCCAUCAACAAAAAAAAACGUCUGAAAUCUUUAGGACCCGUUUGAUAACUAUUAGAUAUCAUCAAUGGCUUCUCUUGCAUUACCCGGCCUGAGCGGGAUUGUUGCUAAAUUGUUAGUGUUUUAUUUUUGGAAUACUUGCUAGUCAACAAUAGCUUUUAGCGACAAAAAUAUUUGACUGUUGUAAUGGCAAUUGGAAUGAUAUUAACUCCUAUUUAUUAUCUAUGUUAUGCCAAAUGUUCUAUGGA